AAUGGGCGGGAUCAAGAUGUGUUUAGCUUGCCUUAUGUCAGCCAAUCACAUAUCUUUGGAGUGUGACGUAUACAGUCCAGCCACAAGGUUAUAAACCUCGGAGGCUAAACAUUUGGGAGCUAUUUACCUCACGCAUCACAGACCUCGUCGCCAUGCAUCUUGUGGUAUUGUCCUUCACACUCUGCCUUGGAGCCGUGCUCGCGGCGCCAAGUUUGGACCCACAGUUGAACGACCACUGGAAUCAAUGGAAGGACUGGCACAGUAAAAAUUACCACGAGAAGGAAGAAGGGUGGAGACGAAUGGUUUGGGAGAAAAACCUGAAAAAGAUUGAACUGCACAACCUGGAGCACUCCAUGGGAAAGCAUUCUUACCGUCUGGGAAUGAACCAUUUCGGCGACAUGACACACGAGGAGUUCAGGCAGGUCAUGAAUGGUUACAAGAGCAAAGCAGAGAGGAAGUCCAAAGGGUCUAUGUUCCUGGAGCCCAAUUUCUUGGAGGCCCCGCGCCAGGUUGACUGGAGAGAGAAGGGCUACGUCACUCCAGUGAAAGACCAGGGUCAGUGCGGUUCCUGCUGGGCCUUCAGCACCACUGGCGCCAUGGAGGGCCAGCAGUUCAGGAAGACGGGCACGCUGGUGUCGCUGAGCGAGCAGAACCUGGUGGAGUGCUCCAGGCCGGAAGGGAACGAGGGCUGCAACGGCGGCCUCAUGGACCAGGCCUUCCAGUACAUCAAGGACAACGGCGGCCUGGACUCCGAGGAGUCCUACCCUUACCUGGGAACUGACGAUCAGCCGUGCCACUACGACCCCAAGUACAACGCCGCCAACGACACCGGCUUCGUGGACCUGCCCAGCGGGAAGGAGCGCGCCCUGAUGAAGGCCGUGGCCUCGGUGGGCCCCGUCUCCGUCGCCAUCGACGCCGGUCACGAAUCCUUCCAGUUCUACCAAUCCGGGAUCUAUUAUGAGAAGGACUGCAGCAGCGAGGAGCUUGACCACGGGGUGCUGGUUGUGGGCUACGGUUUCCAGGGCCAGGAUGUUGACGGAAAGAAGUUCUGGAUUGUCAAGAACAGCUGGAGUGAGAACUGGGGUGACAAAGGAUACAUCUACAUGGCCAAGGACAGGAAGAACCACUGCGGCAUCGCCACAGCUGCAAGCUACCCCCUGGUCUAAUGGAUUUCGACUGAGACGCAUAGUUACAUUUUUUUAAAUUUUUUUUUUUUUUUGUUUUUUUUCCUUCGGUGGUUUGAAAGGACCAUGUUUGCAUUACGGCCUGAUUAAGGCUCGGACGUGAGGAAGACCAUACCAAACGUCGUGUGGUUUUUAAAGAAGCUGUUUUUAGGGAAUUUGUUUUUAUGCCAUGUUUUGAUUUUUAAACGUUAGGACUUUUUUUUGUCUUGUAAAUACAUUCACAUGUGGUAAAGUUGAUAGAUGUGUAAUUUUUAAAGGUUUGGGUUCUACGUGUUGAUCGGUGGAAAUGGUUUUUCUCUGUUCACGAUUAAUUAAACCGUUUCAACCUGA